UGCUUUGUUGGGAUGGAAAGAGGAGUAGCUCUAUCAUGCCUGGGGACGACUAUGUUGAGCGCCCUUUGUUUGGUGGGGCGAUAUCUAGUGCAUUUCCUCUUAGAUUCCAGGAUGUGAGCAAUAUUCGUGAAGUUCCUGAUCAUCAGGAGGUUUUUGUAGAUCCUGCUCGUGACGAGAGCAUGAUAUUUGAGCUUCUAGAUUUCAAGCAUGAUGUGCAAGAUAAUAGAAGCGCUGCCUGGUUUCUUCAAGACCUUGCCACUGAACAAGAUGCGGAAGGAAGCAUGGUGAUUGAGCAAUCAGGAGUUGUUGAAGUUCAUGGAUUGCGUUACAGAAAUAUGCCUGCAAUCGUUACUACUGCAGUUGGUCAAAUGGCCAUUUCGAAAGGACGACAAGGUAGGGAAGCACAAAAUAUAGUGCGGGUCUAUUUAGCGAACUUUCGUCUAAAGGAAGUUGGUACUGAUGUGCUAAUCACUGCAAAUGAGCCAAUUGUGAUCAACCCGUUGAGUGAAAGUGCUAUGACAGUGGGGGCUGGGUUAGCUACUCCUGCCAUGCAAUCCGGAUGCUUACGGAUGGCUGAGGUCUUUAAGUCUUCAGUCUCAAGCUUCAAGGUCCAUGACUGGAAUCUUUUUGGUGCUAGUGCUUGAGAGAGUUUUCAAAUGUACAUGUACAAGUCCCGAAGCAUCGACAGCUGUUUGUCUUCCUCAUUGUUGAUUCUCAUUCUGGAAUAUAAAUGAGGGUGCUAAUGAAGUACUGAUUGAACAUUUAUGCAUAUUAGAUGAACCAUUCUGAUAUGCAUUGCAUGUACUCUGCCCUUUUGCUGGUUCUCAUGUAUAUGUAAUAUGACGGAUCAAGCUGGUGGAUGUUUAUGGCUGUCUAAUCAACUGCCUACUUUCAUCA